ACAAGCCUUUGGAGUUUUUCAAAAGAAAAAAAACGUGAACACAAAGAACAGAAGCAAUUAUUGAAGGCCACCGCUUCAACAAAUGUGUCUGCACUGAGAGCAUCAUUCUUAGUGGCUAACUGCAUUGCUAAAGCUAAGAAGCCCUUUACUAUUGGUGAAGAGUUGAUCCUGCCUGCUGCUAAGGACAUUUGCCUUGAACUUUUAGGAGAGGCUGCAGUUCAAAAAGUGGCACGUGUUCCACUUUCGGCUAGCGCAAUAACUAGACGAAUUGAUGAAAUAGCAGAGGAUAUUGAGGCACAAUUGUUAGAGAGGAUUAAUGAGUCACCAUGGUACGCAAUCCAGGUUGAUGAGUCUACUGAUGUUGACAACAAGGCAACAAUGCUUGUUUAUGUGCGAUAUAUUUUUCAGGAGGAUGUGCAUGAGGAUAUGUUAUGUGCACUUUUGUUGCCAACCAACACCACAGCUGCAGAACUAUUCAAGUCUUUGAAUGAAUACAUAUCAGGAAAACUGAAUUGGUCAUUUUGUGUCGGUAUAUGCAUGGAUGGAGCAGCUGCCAUGACUGGACGGAUUUCUGGUUUUACUACUCGGGUCAAGGAGGUCGCUUCUGAAUGUGAGUCUACACAUUGUGUCCUCCAUAGAGAAAUGCUGGCUAGCUGGAAAAUGUCACCUGAACUUAAGAAUGUUUUGCAGGAUGCGAUUAAAAUUAUCGACCACAUUAAAGUACAUGCCCUUAACUCACGUCUGUUUGCGCAGCUCUGUGAGGAGAUGGACACAGAGUACACACAUCUUCUCUUAUACACAGAAGUGAGCUGGCUUUCUAAAGGUAGAUCACUGGCCAGAGUUUUUGAGUUACGGGAGCCGCUCCAGAGAUUUCUUUUAGAAAAACAGUCACCACUGGCAGCAUAUUUCAGUGACACAGAAUGGGUCUCAAAACUUGCUUACUUGUGUGACAUAUUCAACCUGCUUAAUGAACUCAAUCUGUCACUUCAGGGGAAAAUGACAACUGUGUUCAAGUUGGCUGAUAAAGUGGCUGUAUUCAAAGCCAAACUGGAAUUAUGGGGGCAACGAGUGAACACUGGGAUUUUUGACAUGUUCCAAACAUUAGCAGAGCUUUUGAAAGAAACUGAGCCAGAGCCUUCUUUCUCCCAGCUGUUGCAUGAUCACCUACUGUAUCUCAGCUUUCAAAAGAGUUUGAGCAUUACUUCUCAACCACAAAAGACCCCCGAACUGGGAAGGAAUGGAUCCGUGACCCAUUUGUGAAUAAGCCAGGUGAAUCAACUUUGUCCGUGCUAGAAGAGGAUCAACUGCUUGAGAUUGCAAAUGAUGGUGGCCUUAAAAGUAUGUUUGAAACAACUUCAAAUCUCCAUACAUUUUGGAUUAAAGUCAAGGCGGAAUAUCCUGAGAUUGCCACAAAAGCUCUGAAAAGCCUGCUUCCAUUUCCAAAAUCCUAUCCCUGUGAAGCAGGGUUUUCUCAGUGACAGCAACUAAAACAAGUUUACGGAGUAGACUGGACAUAAGCAACACUCUUUGCGUGUCACUGUCUCCAAUCACCCCCGGAUGGGAUUGUCUUGUUGCAGGAAAACAAGCUCAAGGCUCCCACUGAUUCUGCAUUAUGGCAUUUAAAAAAUAACUACAGCAAAAACAACCACCAUGUACCAGCAAGUGUGAAGAAGGAAUCAAGAAGGGAAGGGCUAUGACAGCAUCUGACCACCUGGGGCAAUUCCACGAAGAAAUCUGGCACAUUCAUGUUAGGUUCAGUUUGGAGUGGAUUGUGAUUUGCAGCAAGAUUCAAAGGCCUGUGUGAGGCUCUCUCCUUGGGUCUUUCACUAGCUCCCACGUUGUUCCCCUCCACAGUGUUCUGUCCCCGAAGGUGGGCCUCAGAAUGUUGGCAGAGAGGGGCCAAGGGGGAAAACCUCUUUUCCCUUGGGCCUGUUCACCUCACAGGCCUACAGGGGUAAUAGCCACUCUUUGCCCCCUUUACAGGUCCCAGAGCUCUUCCAAGGUCGAGCUCUCAUUUUAUACUGACCCUUCGUCAUCAGCCAGCACCUCCUUAAAUAGCCCCCCCACCGACAUUCUGUGAAAGUCUUGUGAGAUCUCAGCCAGCCACAAGAUCCCACCCAGAGAUCUUGCAAGAGUUCACCAGGCUUCUCCGAGACCCCGUUUCUUAAAGCUGGGCUCUCAUCCUCCCAUCCCAGGGGCCAGUGGAGGGAAUCAGCUGGGCAGGGUGUGCUGAUUCCCUCGUCUUGAGAGACUCCCUGGCCCAACAUGUUGAUGGAGAGGUAAGGCUCUCCGAGCGUUCCCAUUGCCCGUGCCGGUCCAGUCGCCCUAACCCCCACCAUGCCCUCACAGCCUGCUCUUGGAUUUAUUCCAGAAUUAAAAAACAAACAAACAAACCCAGAGAAUAAUUUCAAAAGGACUUGUUCUGGUUACUUUUUUAAAAAAUCAUUAUAACUAAAAGCAUAGAUAUAUAUGUGCUCCUGAAGAGCAACCACAUUUGGUCACUGUCUCCUCCACCCCACCCUGCCUAUCCUAGUAGGAGUUGUAGUAGUAACUCAUUCUCAGCAUUGAUUAUCAGGUAGUUUUUUUACUGCCUAGUCUAGUAAAAUGCUGGCUAGUUGACAGCCCCAGGUACUAUUUUGCUUGGGUUUGUUUGUUUAUAAAGUGUUUUUGGCCCAAGGGCAUACAGUCAAAUUAAAAACACAGAAAAACAUUGUAAAUGACAGGAUUUGGGGGAUAGGCUUUUGCUUCUGCCUAAAUUCCUCUCUACGUGAUGCACUGAAAAUCAACAAUCUGUGUGCUGCGUAAUCCUCAAAUCCAAUAAUUUACAUGAAGAAUUAUUCCCACUGGAAUCCUCCCAUUCCCUCCCUUCACUUCACAGCAAAGAUUUAACUGCAGGAUACCAUGCUGAAGUUUCCUCCAUUACUUUUACAAGAUGUACUAUGCCAUAACAGUGCUAUAGUACACAAUAUUAUAAUAAAUAAUUUAAGUUGCAUUUGUCAAAACAGAAGAGCUAAGCUUACACAGAGAUGUACCAGCCUUGUUUUUCUGCAUUUUCCCCAGCCAAUUUACAAAUUUGCAACUUCUAAUUACUCACCUGAGGCUUUGGGGCCAUUGAUGUGAUUUUUUUAUGAGGUCCUGCAACCAUAUUAUAUUAUCAAAGUUCUUCUUAUUUAUUGGCUGAUAGAAUGAUUUUUGAUCAUUUCACAGUUUGGCAUGAAACUUGGGCAACUUUCCAAAUAAGUAAGUCACUUUUAGAGUGUGCAAAGUAAUUUAAAAAUCCAAAAACUGUUCUGGUCAGCAGCAGCAGCCAUCACUGGGAUAAAUCAAUUUACUGCGGCUGUGAACUGCUAUGUAAAAUAGGCGCCUUAAGCAAAUUAAUCAAGGAAGCAUGUUAAAAGGUCAAAAAGGUCAGAGUUGCUCCACAUUCAUGGAAGUUUCCUUCCCUCUCUAGUGUAAAUCUUUAACUUUCCAGUCUGCAAAUUAAAAGGCACCCCACAACCCUCUUAGUAAGCAAGACUGUGCCCACAUCUUUAUUGAUUCAAAUGUCCUAGCACUUGUAAGCUGCAAUAUAUAUUUAAAGGUGACAUUUCUAGGGAGCAGUGCAAUUACUCAUGUAUUCCAUUCACUCAGGCACCAGUAGAAUUUGAGCUUCAAGAACCUGAUGCCAGCUCUUAUUUAAGCAACUCAAAUACAGUUUGGGGAAAAUGCAGAUGUCAUUGUUUGUCAGUGGCAUAAAAGCUGUUUCCCUGC